CAGAACGAUGUGAACUUGUGUAGACGAGAUUCAAAAUGACGAAAUACGUGUCCUCGCGCUUGAAAUCGAAUCGACGCCAAUUUUGACCAAAAGUUCCAUAGGACAUUAGAUUUGUAGCAGCGAGUGGCUCUAAGGGUGAAUUAUUUCAAAAUGCAAAGAUUGGGCUACAUUGUUUACCCUCAUUUUCUUUUGUUCGAAUCACGUGACUUUUGCAAGACAUCUGCACAGCUCAUUCCAAGAUUUUUCCAUUGACCAGCAUUCAAGAACGUGACAUUUAGGCUUUUUCAACACGCAGAUAACAUUACGGAAUGAAAUAUCCAAGAUUACUUCAAACUACUACAGAAUGUGAUUUUGAAACGCAAAAUUUUUCAGUAUCAACUUAACUUUUUAUUUCUGGAGUAAAAACCACCAACUGCGUGCAGGCCCACAGCUUUCUGAACGGCCUGUGUGUGGAAUGUUAUGUGACUCUUCUCACCAUUCUGGACAUCAUAUGUAUCACCAUAGAACUCGUCAUCAGACUAGGAAUAAUUAAAGACCCACAGACUAAUCCUACUGAGAGUCCAUUGAUGUCUAUCACGAAUGUUACCAACGGAACACACAAUCCGGAUCCGGGUGGGACCUGCCAACAGUGCUCUAUGGAAACCUCCUUGGAGGUAGCACACUGUGUUGCUCACUACUCAAGUGUCACAAUAGCAUGUGUGUUCAUGAUUGAGGUGGUUGCACGAAUCGUUGCUGGUUGUCCUGGCUGCUGGAAAGAUUUUCUUAAUGUGUUUGACGGCCUAGUCGUGCUGGUCACCUGCGUUAUGGAACUUUUGUUUACCAUUUUUUGGAACGAUGUUAUUUGUUAUCAUGUGGCGGUAGAGGCGGCGACCUAUGUGGUGGUUCUUCGCUUUUGUCGAAUUCCAAGAGCUUGUAGUGUUCGAAAGAGAAUUUAUUCCGAGCGGUUAGAGAACGAGAUGCACUAUUUAAGGAAGGCAAAAUCCAAGUCUGAAGAACACUCAAGGGAACUAACCACAAAGCUGAAACGACAACAGAGAGAAAUAUAUGAAUUACAAAACCGACUUUCGUCAUUAUCGAUGGAUUUUUCGAAUGAAAAUAUUUCAUCUAUAUCAACAAGCGAUUUAAGUACCCCUCAGAUCAGUAAUGGGACAUUACCAAACGGCUUUCACACUACCUCAUUCGAUGAACUGGACUCUGCGAUGUUAUCAAGUUCUACCGUCAAACAAGCUGAUGCUCUCAACACCAAAGAAAAUGGCCCAAAAGAAUUAGCCUCAAGACAAAGUAGUGUGCAAUAUAGUUCUCUUCUAAGUGAAAUAAACUCAAAAAGAGAAGAAAUUCACCAUAGAAGUCUCAAACAAAAAUCAGGUAAAUCUGAAAACGGUUCCCCAAAGACUGAGCCCGAGGACCCGGAUGUGAUAUACUCUAACACUCAGGAGACUACUUACAUGAACACUACUGGGGUGUAUGAUGGUGGGGGUGGAUCUUCACAGGAUAAUACUGCUGCAGACAUUGUGUUCCAGUUGGACAAAAUCAUUCGCGACAAUCAGUCUAAUGGCGCCGUGCCUACCGUCAGAGAUUCUACACAAUCUGCCCAGUCUGUGGAAACAGAAGAUGACGAAGCACUCCUAAUAAGAAGAAGUUACGGUGCCAAGUCAGGGUCCCAUGUUCGAGCUUCAUUUGCGGGGAGAGAGAAUAAAGCGUUCAGCAUGGAGAAGACCAGGGCUUCGUUUACAGCACACAAUAGUAGGGCCAACUUUCAGCCCAGGCCGGAUGUCAGUGAGGAAGUGAAAAUGAGAAAUUUGGAAGUAAUGGCCGAAUACGAGGGAACAAGAACGUAUCGUAGUGCUGAGGGUAUUCCACUUACAGAUUUAUAGAAUUUAUCUAAAUCUUUUUCGAUUUUGCCUGCUGGCCCAGGAACUACAAAGCAUGGAUUAAACUAAUAUCAAACCAGACCUAAAGCUGUCGUUUUUAGAUAACAUUAGGCCAUGUUAAAUUAGUUUUGUUUCACAUAGCAUCCUUUCCUUUCACCCACCAGAAAAGUAAAGACAUUAAAAAUACAUUUUUAUACAGUAAAUCUGGUUAAUAUACAUGUGUAUGUGUUAGUUUGGCUGUCUAAGAAACAAUUUUGUGAGUCUAUUCGAAAGACAAUUUUCGCAGCAAUAAAAUCGAUCCCGCAAACCUUUGAUAAACAUAAUUAAAUAUGUUGCAUUUUCACCCAAUUACGCAAACAUUUUCUAGUCAUUAGAUAGAAUAUGGCGUUUUUGUUGUCAAUAUUCGCCUCAAAAGAAGUAGCGUAAAGUAUCAAACAGUUGUUUUGAUUUUUCUUACUUGAAUGAAAAAUGGUUUUUUUCGUGCGCAUGUGAUUUUUUAAAUUUUUUAUUUAUUUAUUUUUUGAUGGAUGGGUUGUAAUUCACCUUUUGGUGAACAAUUUAUUGUAAGUAUUAAUGAUGUUAAUGUUAACACAAUGUUCACAUAUCGCAUGGUUUGGUGUAGAGGAAUAUAUCUAUACCACAAAGUUAACCAGGGGCUUUUAACCUGUUUUCAAUAACAUGCAGAAAAGGCGCUCUUUCUAAGGACUUCCACCGUCAGCGAUUGUUGGAAGGUUGCACUUACCACCCCCCACCCCCAAAAGACACCCCUCCCCGAAAAUAGUGUCCCAUUUGGUCACGCUACAUAAUUGCUCUCGUCAGAAAAUGACGAUAUGAUUUGAAUUCAACAAAAGAUGCAGUAAGGAAAUGAAGUGUGUAUGUACAUCAGUGUGUCCACCCAUGGUCAAUACUUUUUAACUAUGAAAACCAAUGUUAGGAGAAUAUUAAUAAGAAGUUUUCUGUGGUCAAUAUUUGGCAUGUUAAUUCAUCCUAAUAUUUUGUCCUCGGUAUUUUCAUACAAAAGAAAUAUCACACGCAUACCCCCACGCUUAACUGCCAUUAAUUUUGUCUUGCGUUUUGGAAAUUGCUCUGCUGCAGAUAAUUUUGUAUGGUAUUAUGCUGUUUUUCUGUCAUUUAUAUAAACGUUUUGCAUUAAACCAUCAUCAUAAUGAUUGUAUUAUCCUCUGUGAUAUGUUUGAUUAACAGACAGUGUGUUCGAUCCUAACUAUUUACCGCCAAUGAAUCACCUAACUAUGAAUGGCAUGGCUGAAAUGCAGGUCGUUGAGCGAUGCUUCAAUCCCUGGAAUGUUUAGACUGUGAUUUUCCUGUUAUAGCAAUAUUACUAUUGGUUCAUGUUACGUGUACGUUACUUUACCCACGCCUCAUACAUUUGCCUUUCCAAAGUCAUUUCUAUUUACAUGUGCAUUUGUAUAGAUGAUGAAACUGUACACAGGCGUAAAUAUUUAGUAUAACAAUUUAAUUAUUAAUGAGCUUUCAUAUUUUUGUAUUGAUGUAUUUACCCAUAUAGAUUCUUACGUUUUUUAUCGUUAUAUUUGUUGACAAUUCUUUUGUUUCAAAGUUUAUGUGAAAAUAAAAUGUUAUCUUCA